AUGGUACCAAGAAUUCUUAAAGAAACUGGAAUUGGUGAAAGUAUAGAGUAUAAUUCGUGCAUUCAUCUCGUGCAACGUGUUGCGCAAAAGGUUGGAUACAACCCCAAUAAAGUCAUAUUUGUUCCUGUGUCCGCCAUGAAAGGUGACAACAUAACAACACCGACAACAAACAUGUCCUGGUACGAUAACUGGGAGACGGUCAGCAGACCAGGAAACCACGUGACUGGUGUGACGUUAUUGGACGCUUUACACAAGACACAGCAACCAACGCGUAUGAAUAGCAAGGCACUGCGAGUACCGAUACAUACUGUAUACAGAUUAGGGAAUAUAGGUAUCGUGGCCGCCGGUAGGGUUCAUGCUGGAUCUGUUAGACCACAAAUGGAGCUCAGUUUUGCGCCCUCCCAAAGAAAGUGUUCGGCCCGUGCAAUACAAAUUUUUGGCGAAGUAACAAACGAGGGACGAGCGGGAGACAAUGUGGGAAUUCAGUUUGAGGGACUGUCUACAAACAAGGUUAAGAGGGGGUAUGUGUGCGGGAACCUGUAUGAUGAUCCUCCCCGAGAGGCAAAACAAAUCACUGCACAGAUACGCAUAUUGCAUCACCCAGGGAACAUCAAGAAAGGUUAUUCGCCUUUGCUCCAUUGUCACACCGCCAUGACAGCCUGUACCAUCACGAACAUCAUAGAACGAACGGAUGAUCGAACAGGCAUGACAGCUGAAGACUUCCCGACAUCCCUGUCGACCGGAAACGUUGGUCUGGUGGAAAUGAUCCUACUCAAACCAAUCUGUGUAGAGACGUUCUUUGAUUAUCCAUCAUUGGGGAGGAUUAUAUUACGCGAUUUGAAGCAGACGAUAGCGGUCGGGGUCAUCGUCAAGGUCACUAAAAGCAAUAUAAAAGACAUGAAAAAUUUAUUGAAAAAGCAAACUGAAGAAAAAGCGGCAGAUGAAACGGAACAGGAGGAACGGAAAAAUAAAUCAGAGGGUUAUGAGUCCUUAUCGAGUGACAUUAAAAACGAGGAUACAGUUGAUGGUGUACACAACAAUGUGAAAAGUGAGAGUGGUCAUGAGAGCUUACCAAAUCCAGACAAAAUAGAAUCAGUAAUUGAAAGUCAGGAGCAGGUUAAAACUGGUACCGAAGAAAGUAUAUCAAGUGAAGUACCCACAUUGAAGCUAAGUAUUGAUGUACCAGGGACAAUGAACGACAGUGGGUGUAUGGAAGAAGAUGUGUAG